AAAAAUAUGAAGACAAUUUAAUUUUGGCUAACUUAACUAAUGUUAUGGAUGUGACAGUUUGGAGACUCAGGAUUUGAAUAAAUUCGGUUGAUGUUCUAGAGGGUUUUUCUUGUAUUUUGCUAUAAAAACACGGUUUUUUAUUUGUUCGCGGGAUGAAGAAGAGCAAGGUAACAAAAGUUAUGCAAAAGUAUGUAAACGCUGUAGCAAUAUGCACUGAGAAGGAGAUACGGUUGGCUAAAAGAUUUAGAGAUGCAGUUCAAGUUUUUGAAAAUGCGGAACAGAAAAAGGCGGAAAAGAGAGGUUUGCUGAAAGAAUCUACUAAAAUACGAGAAACAAUCGAAGCAACCAUUGCUAACUUGCGCACAGUAAAAAGUAACCAGGAAAUUGAAAUGAUUCGUCUUAGACAACAACUUAAGUCAUUAACAAAACGCUAUGCCGCUCAGGAAGUUUACUUGAACAGUGAAAGGUUUACAAUACACGAAAUGGAUCGGGAGAUUGCUUAUAAAAAACGUAUAAUUUUGAAUGUUUUGAAAACAGCAACGGAUAUCUACGAAGAUGAAGCUAAUCCAGCCGAUUUCGUCCGAGGAUUUAUUAUUAAAAAAUUGGAAAAUAUUGUAAUUCCAUAUGAAAUUGAUAAAAGCAAAUGUUCCGCAAGUGAAAGUACCGAUCAAAUGUGGGAACUAGUGAGACAAACUAGUCCGUAUACGGAGAAAUGGGAAGACAUAUUAUCGGAAUGAGCGUGAUGUAGUUCGUGCUAUAUUUUUUAUAUAAGGGAAGACUUCUUAACUCUUAAGUUUAAGGUAGGUUUUAUUUCAUAAUAUUUAACUUGUGUGACCUAAACUCUUUAAAGUUGCAAACACGUACAAGUUUAGACGUAAAUGAUAUGCAUUUAUUUAAUUGUUGAAGUAUUUAUACUUAAAUAUAUUUUUAUACCGA